AUACCCGUGGCCAGAUAUAGUACUCUGGUAGAUCACAAUCAUGAAUAAUGACGGUAAAACAAUGGACAGUUCUCACAUGGCCUUCAGACUCAAAUCUCCUCCAAAAGAAACACAGAGAAACGAUGCAGCAGAUCCCUUUAUGAACCUCGCCAACCUGUCGCCCACAACUCAAGAAAAUCUCAACCUGAUAAUCAAAAGUCUGUCAACAGGAGAAGCUCAUGUGGAAGAUCGCCAUGGCAAACCACACAUUGAAUAUAAAGGUGUUAGCAAACUGCACUGGGAUGGAUCCAAUGCCAACAUUCUGGCUGUCCCAAAGUCUGAUCCUCAACUUAAAACCCAGGUGGAGGCGUGUCUGGAACUCUUGGACUUCCACAAAAACUACAAGAAACCUUCAGGGGUUGUCGUAGAUAUGAGUCAUAUAUCAGUUUCCCCAGGCAAACUUUACCGUGAGCUGAAGGAGUUUGAAAAACUUAAACAGACGCUCGGGAAGGGAAAUUCUGGUGUGGGAGACAUAGUCGUCCUCAAGGACCUAAAAACUGGACAAAAACAUGCUCAAAAAACGAUAAUGAUCUCAACGUUUCGUGGUGAUGAGGUGCGCUGUUGGAUGGACCUGAAUGCCACGGGUCACGUUCCACACAUGUACAUGUUUAGAAUUAUUGACAACAGGGUUGAGAUCCACAUGGAAAUACUCCAAUCUGCUAAGACAUUUAGCAGCAUCAUUGACGAGCACAUGGCAAGGCUUCAAGAGCCCCAGUUCAGACAUCUUGUAAAACCCUUCUCACUCUAUGUGUUGGAUGGGGCGAUAGAGGCAAUCAGCUGCAUGCACAACGAAGGAUGGACACAUAAUGAUAUGCACAGUGGGAACGCGAUGUUGGAUAGCAAGUUGAAGGUGAAGAUUAUUGAUUUCGGACUGGCGCGCAGUAUAAAGGACACGGAUGGUAUUCUACAGGUUCGCAACUUUCAGCAGGAUAUCGGAAAUGUGCUGCGAAUUUUCAGCGGGUUGUACACGACCGAGGAAUACACGAGCGUAUGGGACAUGCAGAAGAGAUAUGAGGAAAUAGGAAACACAGAGGGCUACAUGGGCCUAAGUCGAGCUGAUCGAAUCGAGUUGUUUAACCUGAUUGAUGCAGCUUUAAAGAUCACCAAUCCCAAAGACGUCAAGGAGUACAGGAAGAUGGUCAAAGAAAGCCUAGAAAAUGGUCAGUUAAAUUUUAUUUUACCCAGCCAAACAAAGUUUGAGAGGUUAGGGCUCAUAAUCACUUAUCCAUUCUUAGACUUUAGAAAAUACCUCGGAGUUUGCUGGAGUUUGCAUAUAUUCAUGUUCAACAUGCUGCUUAUAUCAUUCAUAUAUUAUUCUUAA